CCCUGCGCGCGAGCGGGUCGGGCAGCCGUCGGCGCCCGCCGAGCUCCACGGUGAAAAAAAGUGAGGGUAAUACAACAACACAGUAAGAGACCGUUCCUCAAAGUUGCCUCAAGAUGGAAACCUUUUGCCUCAAGGUCUCCUUUUGGGCCGUGCUGGUUGGAUGCGUAAUCGGAGACAAUCCUGAGAGCUACAGCACAAAUCUAAGCACUCGCGUGGAUGAUUUCACCACUUUCCGAGGGACAGAGCUCAGCUUCCUGGCUACCACCCAUCGACCCACCAACCUAGCCCUACCCAGCAAUGGCUCCAUGCACAGCUACUGCCCACAGCAGACUAAGAUCACUUUAGCCUUCAAAUACAUUAACACUGUGAUAUCUUGUACUAUUUUCAUCGUGGGAAUGGUGGGGAAUGCGACUCUGCUCAGGAUCAUUUACCAGAACAAGUGCAUGAGGAAUGGCCCCAACGCGCUGAUAGCCAGCCUUGCCCUUGGAGACCUCAUCUAUGUGGUCAUCGACCUCCCUAUCAAUGUAUUUAAGCUGCUGGCCGGGCGCUGGCCUUUCGAACACAACGACUUCGGCAUGUUCCUCUGCAAAUUGUUCCCCUUUUUGCAGAAGUCCUCAGUGGGGAUCACUGUCCUCAAUCUCUGUGCGCUCAGCGUCGACAGGUAUAGAGCAGUAGCCUCCUGGAGUCGUGUUCAGGGAAUCGGGAUCCCCUUGAUCACUGCCAUUGAAAUCGUCUCCAUCUGGAUCCUGUCCUUCAUCCUGGCCAUCCCUGAAGCCAUCGGCUUCGUCAUGGUGCCCUUUGAAUACAGGGGUGAACAGCACAAGACCUGUAUGCUCAAUGCCACGUCGAAAUUCAUGGAGUUCUACCAAGAUGUGAAGGACUGGUGGCUCUUCGGGUUCUACUUCUGCAUGCCGCUGGUGUGCACCGCCAUCUUCUACACCCUCAUGACUUGUGAGAUGCUCAACAGAAGGAACGGCAGCCUGAGAAUCGCCCUCAGUGAGCACCUUAAGCAGCGACGAGAAGUGGCAAAAACGGUUUUCUGCUUGGUUGUCAUUUUUGCUCUUUGCUGGUUCCCUCUACAUUUAAGCCGUAUUUUGAAGAAAACCGUGUAUGAUGAGACGGACAAGAACCGGUGUGAAUUACUUAGUUUCCUGCUGCUCAUGGAUUACAUCGGUAUUAACUUGGCCACCAUGAAUUCGUGUAUAAACCCAAUAGCUCUGUAUUUUGUGAGCAAGAAAUUUAAAAAUUGUUUCCAGUCUUGCCUCUGCUGCUGCUGCUACCAGUCCAAGAGCCUGAUGACCUCAGUCCCCAUGAACGGAACAAGCAUCCAGUGGAAGAACCACGAGCAGAACAACCACAACACCGAGAGGAGCAGCCACAAGGACAGCAUCAACUGAACAGCCUCGGGGAGCCGAAGCCCGUACUCCUUCCAGCCCCGCUGGAGAAAACAGUCACACAGCAACGGUGGCGCCAGAAAUGUCUUCACGCAGCCUCUCCCCCAUCACUCUGACCCCAGGACAAUUGUGUUCCAAAACGUCGGUGGGCGGACUGGGCUUGCUUCUUGAACUGGCCUGGUUGCACACUCUACGUGUUCCAUUUAGCACUAAAAAAAUGGUGGGAGUCGUGGGAAGGAGACUGUUAAAUGAAACAAAAGGGUAUUUACAACUUUUGCAUGAAAAUUGCAUGUCAAGUACAUGACCAGCUUUCCUGGCAGUUCUGUCCAAUGUCCCUGGACUCCUGGUCACUACGCAAGGUCAGAGAUUGUGACCAGGUUUUCUAUGUUGUUAAGUGAUUUAUUUUUUGGUCACGAAUUGAGAUGAAGUCACCUUUAAUUGAAACGUCACUCAGUGCCAAUGUUUUUAAAUUGCAUAGUAGCCUUAAAAUGACUGAGGUUAUUUAUGUAUAUUUUGCCAAAAAAAAAGUAGAACAGUAUUCAGAUUAAUGUUCCUCAUGCCAUUUUACUUUUAAAAUGUACAUUUUUAAGCUGCAACAAAUAUAAGCACUUAAAGAACAGAUUGAUAACCACAUCUGGCAGUUUAGUAGCUGCUCUGUAAAGAAUUUUCCAGAACCUAUAUUUUCUUUUUUUAGGUUUUUUUUCAUUACAGAUGAUGAAAAUGUUUUGAUGUUAAAUUUAAAAAUAAUGCUUGAACCAAACAGUUCUGUUUUUCACAGGCCCACUCUUGUUAAUGUAACUUUUUAAUUUAAUAUCAAUAUCAUGUACCAAGAUUUAAAUUUAUGUGUCAUUUAACUAUGCCUGAGACUUUCAGUCUCUGCAAUGCAUAGAAGUCUAAAGCAAGCCUAGGAGAAAAGCAUUGAAUGAUUUUAGAAGAUUUGAAAAAAAUUCAGUUUUUUUUGACAGUAGUAGCAUGUACCUAUAUGCAUAUUUUUAUUUCCCUAAGCAUGUAUAUAUGUAUACAUGCAUAUUUGUGUAGAUACAUGUGUGUACUGUGUAUAUGCAUGUGCAUAUAUACAUUAUACUUAUCACCUCAUCCUCUUGAUUUCUUCGAAAGUGUUAACUAGCAGUAAGACUUUUUCAGUCAUUCCCUUUACCAUAUAGGAAAUUUCAAAGUGUCCAGCUGAGUGUAUUUACCCCCUAAAUGAUGCCCCCAUGGAUUUAUGAUGGUUCAUUUCUCUGGAGUUCCAGUACGAACAUAACCCCCCACCCAACCUCACAUGGUCACCAUUUCAAAGGGCCCACAGCUCCUUCUGUUGGGCAUUUUCCAAGAUGUUUACAGACUGUGAGUAGAGCAGAAAAAGAUCUUUUACUGUGUGUAUAUAAAUAUAAACAAUUGUACAUUUCUUUUUGCUGAUUUUCCUGUGCUGGUCUCUAUGGAAUGCAUCUGUGUGCAUGAUGUGUGCAUAUGUGUGCUGGUAUGUGUGGACUUAGUAUAAUCUAACAAUAAUGCCCUAGAUUUGUGCCAAAGCACAUGCUCUGAGUGGCAUCUAGGUGGUUGGUCACAACAACCUGCCUCUGUGGUUUGCAUCUGACUGUGUUCAUAAUUUGUGACUAUGUGACCUUCACAAGUGGAAUGUGGGAGGCAGCAUGAAAGGAGAAGUCAUGGUGAAUGGUGGGGGUCACUGGUGGAUGAAUAAAGCAGUAUUUGGGGUUGUAUUUUUUUGUGCUGGAGCAGAAGUCAUAAACGUUGAAGUAUUAUAUUGUCCCAGUGCUCAACUCAACAUGCUGAUGAAAUGAUUUGUUGGGCCAUAUUUUAGCACAGUCAAGUGUGAAAUGAUUUGAGGUCCAGUUGCCCCAAUUGUAGGGCUAAGAAAUACUGCUCCUUUCUGCGCUAGCAGUCAACUUCCAUUACUCCACUGUGCCUCAUAUGCAGUGAUAGAUGCUAUUAAAAAAAAAAUGGCUCACACCAUUUUGUUUAGACAGCUGUCUCUUUUUUUUUUAAGAUGCUUUGUUUCUUGCAUAUAAAAAAAUGCCUUUUAUAGGCUCAGAAAGUCAUAGGUUUCUGAAUAACCACACAGGCUUCAACAUGCAUUUUGUUUAUGGACCAGAAAAGUAACCGUGUUUACCAGUUGGAAUGUUGCCAAUUUCUACCUUUUUCACAUCUUUUCAUUUCCAUCUGUAGAAAUGAGCCAAAGGCCAAGACCAUAUGUUGGCGGUGGCCCAUAGCAUAAAAUAAAAGUUUACAGAAGCCUUCAAGCAUCUCUUCAUUUGUACAUAGUUCUUCAUAGAAAAUGUUUGUUAUAAAAUGCCCAUUGCAGACCUUGUCCCAAUAAUACUAGGUAGGAAAUUUUACUUUCAUAAUAAUACUUUCAA